AUGGCGGAAAAGGAAGCCUUGAAGUUGCUGAUCAUUUUGAGCCCAGAACCAUCGAUAAUGGUUACCGGAAAUGCCAUGAACGAUGCUGGAGAAGCAGCUGUCUUCUUCCCCAUUUUUUGCCACCUGCUGUCGCCUCCAACUGCUGCCACCGGCACCAUCGAGCUCGUAGUCGACAGCUGGUAUGUGAAGUUCUUAAAGGAGAUCCUUAGCAACAAAAGGAAGUUUGAGGACUUGGCAUUUGUGAUGCUAAACGAGGAAUGUUCGGCAAUUUUCCAAAAUAAGUUAUCAAAAAAGAAAUAUGAUCGAGGGAGUUUUACUAUCCCUUGUAUUAUAGGUGACUUGACUAUUAGUGAUGCUUUAGCUUAUUUAAGAGCUAGUAUUAAUGUAUUAUCGUACAACCUGUUUGCUAAGUUGGGGCUGGCAGAGAUAAAACCUACUAGGAUGAGUAUACAACUAGUUGAUAGGUCAGUCAAGUAUCCUAGGGGUGUUGUAGAGAAUGUGCUUGUUAAGGUGGAUAAAUUCAUAUUUCCUAUUGACUUUGUGAUCUUAGACAUGGAUGGUGAGAGUAGUGUAAUUCUGAUUCCAGGUAGACCUUUCCUUGCAACAUCUAGGGCAAUUAUAAAUGUUUGUCAUGGAAAACUUGAACUUAGGGUAGAGGAUGAGACUGUCACCUUUGACUUGAAUAAUGUUGUGUAUUCUAUUAAUAUACUUGAUGAUGUUGUUGAGACACAGUUAUAG